UAACCUUGACCCGAUCAAUUGCUUUAACUCUCCCGUAAUUUGAACAUAAACGGAACUUCGUACCCCUAAAGACCUCGAAUCCGGCAUAUUCGAGCUCCAGCGGCUCGGAUUUCGAACGAUCAUGGCCACGAAGUAUGCAUUCGCGCAGACGCUGAAGGAGCUCAGAUUUCACCUUUGCCAGACAUCCGAAGCCAGCGCAGCUGCCAGGUCCUUCCUCGUCCGAUCAUAUCCCACGAUGAAGAAGCACAACCCUCACACUCCGAUCAUGAUCCGGGAAGCGUCCGGCGUCGAACCAAAAGUGUGGGCAAGAUACGAAUUUGGAAAGGAGAAGGUGGUGCCUCUGAACGGCAUGGAUGACAAGACGAUCGAAAAAACGAUUACCGAACUUGUGAAGGCCUCAAUAUAGUGUCUACUGGGCAUGGGAAUAGAACCUUGGAUGGAAGGGUACGUUGAGGGCGGGACCGUUCCUAGUAGAGUGCUGGUUGCAAGUUUCAGGGCAUUGUCAUUUCACAAUGAGUUGCCACUCCUAUCAAGAUGAACUAGGCAAGGCAGGUGUAUAUACUGUAUCAUAUUGGAGGCCAUUGCCUCGACAGAGACGGUCAAUCACUUCCAUGUCGAACAGCUUGGCAUGAGAGUAUAUUGCAUGGUGUGCUCUGCGGACAACGCACUCCAUCAACC